AUGACCAGACAACGUUCGUUCGUUCGUUCGUUCGUCGUUCGUUUCGUUCGUCGUUCGUUCUAUUCUGACCAUAGCCAUAUUCUUAAUCUUGCUGUAUUUAAAAUUGCCUGUAAGGAAAAGUCCCCUGCCUCAAAAGCUGCCCCUGACUCCAGUGAAUUCAUGGAUAUCACCAAAUAUUCAGCACGGGAUGAUGAUGAUGAUGAUGAUUCAUUUCUUACUGGGUCUUUGAAUUGGAAGAGUGAAAUUCUACAUGAAAGGAUGAAAGUCUAUGCUAAGUCUGUGUUGCUGUCACAUUGGCUCUUUCUGGCCUACGUGUUAAUGGUGUGCUGUAAGCUGAUGUCCGCUUCGAGUCAGCAUCUCCGGGGACACACAGGUCAACACCAAAUCAAAGAAGGGACCUGUGAAGUGGUUGCUGUGCACAGAUGCUGUAACAAGAACCGCAUAGAGGAACGAUCACAAACAGUUAAGUGUUCUUGCUUCCCAGGACAGGUUGCUGGUACUACUCGGGCUCAGCCUUCUUGUGUUGAAGCUUCCAUCGUGAUUCAAAAGUGGUGGUGUCAGAUGAAUCCUUGCUUGGAAGGAGAGGAUUGUAAAGUGUUGCCAGAUUACACAGGUUGGUCCUGUAGCAGUGGCAAUAAAGUCAAAACUACAAAGGCAAGUAUAGACAAAGCAGAGUGA